UUGUCAUUUCACUCGGCUCGGUCCUGAGGAGAAGGACUCAGCCGCGGCUGCGGGACCCGGGCACCCGAGGCAGUGGCGGCGGCGGCGGAGGCGGCGGCGGCGGCGGCAGCGGCGACAGCAGAGGAAGACGAGGAGGAAGAAGCAAAGAAAAAGAAGAGCCGGGGGGAGUCCCCAACGACGACAGCUGGGACUGCGGGACCCGGGGGAAAGUGGCGGCGGCGGCGGCGGCGGCGGCCCAGCAACCGUGAGGAGAAACAAAAGCCUUCUAAAUUAUAGUUUCAAAGCAGUCUAGGGGGAAAGAGAGCGCGAGCCCAGGGGGAGGCCCUGCUCCUUUAGAGUAACUACGGUAGCGGGGCUUUCCUUUUUGUCCACCCCCUCCCCCCCACCUCGGCCCCCCUCCCCCCGGCGGAGAAUCGAACUGAGAGAACUGAACAAACCGCCCCUGGGUCCCAUGAGGGAAAAAAAUCCCGGAGCCGCAGAGAGGGGAAGAGGCAGAAACCGCAGGACCUUCCAGGUCGCCCCCUUGCUCCCCGCACCCCCGGGCCGCCAGCUCGCCCUUGUCCAGUCUCGCUAAUCCCUCCUGAUCGCGACACCCCCCAGAGGGAGAAACGGGUGUUUCCAACCCCUUUCAUGGGGGAGAGGAGGCCGAGGGGAGCCCAAGAACAGCAAACGCAGCAAGAUCUGCACCCGGAGCCCCAGGAACAGUCCCAGAGGCCCACACUGCACCCUACAAAAGAACAGAAACAGGACCAGGAACAGCAGAAACCUCCCUGCAAUCAUCUUUCCUUUAGUCAAGGCUGAUUUCCUCUUUGGCAACCAGAAAUUCACCUCCCGCCCCAGAUAACCUAAUAUAAUCUAUCUAUAUAUAAAUAUAUAAUAUAUAAUGUUCUUAAAUUAUUCCUGAUUUUUUUAACCAAGCUGCCAAGAAAAGAACGUAUUCUCCCCUUAAUCCUAUUCUAAUUUUUAUGUGAUUCUAAACUGCUGAGGAAGACCAUAUGUGAUUGUUAAAUUUUAUAUAUAUAUAUUUUUACUCUGCACAAUGCUUAUUCUUCUAUAUCCAUAGAUGCUUGAGAAGCUGUGUUUAUGUCAUUCAUGUACAUUUUCCUUUGGAAAAAGAAAGCGCCUAUUUUACUAACCAAAGACUUGAUUUUUACCUUUUUCCUUUUUUAUUCCCGCCUAGAAAUAAGCCUAAUUGGAUUCAUAUCAAUAUUUUAAGAGAUUUUUUUUUUAGUUGUUUUCCUUCCAGAGAGACCAGAAUUCCAAAUCAGAGAUACUUAGGGUGUUAAGCUGUGAUCUUUGAGUUAGCUAUAAAUAAGAUACUUCAAGCAAACCAACAAAUUUACAGCGGGGAAAGACUCAAGACAUUAGAUUGUCUUUUUUUUAAUUGUGAGAUUCUGAUCCUAAAAAUAAUAAAUGGGGGAUUACGGGUUUGGAGUGCUAGUGCAAAGCAAUACUGGGAAUAAAUCUGCUUUUCCAGUCCGAUUCCAUCCACAUCUGCAGCCUCCACACCAUCACCAAAAUGCCACCCCCAACCCUGCUGCUUUUAUAAAUAAUAACACAGCUGCCAAUGGCAGCAGCGCUGGGUCAGCUUGGCUCUUUCCUGCUCCAGCUACCCAUAACAUUCAGGAUGAGAUCUUGGGAUCAGAAAAAGGAAAAAGUCAACAGCAGGAACAACAAGACCCUUUAGAAAAGCAACAACUCUCCCCGAGUCCAGGUCAGGAAGCUGGAAUACUGCCUGAAACUGAAAAGGCAAAAGCUGAAGAAAAUCCAGGGGACAAUUCUUCAGAAAACAGCAAUGGAAAAGAAAAAAUACGCAUUGAAUCACCAGUGCUGACAGGGUUUGAUUAUCAAGAAGCCACGGGCCUCGGUACUUCCACCCAACCCUUGACAUCUAGUGCAUCGUCCCUUACUGGUUUCAGUAACUGGUCAGCAGCGAUAGCACCUUCUUCCUCCACGAUAAUCAAUGAAGAUGCAAGUUUUUUUCACCAGGGUGGGGUCCCUGGCGCUUCAGCUAAUAAUGGUGCUCUGUUGUUUCAAAAUUUCCCCCAUCAUGUGAGCCCCGGCUUUGGUGGUAGCUUCUCCCCUCAAAUUGGGCCUCUCUCCCAGCACCAUCCUCAUCAUCCCCAUUUCCAGCAUCAUCACAGCCAGCAUCAGCAGCAAAGGAGGUCUCCUGCCAGUCCCCACCCCCCACCUUUCACACAUAGAAAUGCUGCUUUUAACCAGCUGCCUCAUUUGGCGAAUAAUCUUAACAAGCCUCCUUCUCCAUGGAGCAGCUACCAGAGUCCCUCUCCAACCCCCUCUUCUUCCUGGAGCCCAGGAGGUGGUGGCUAUGGUGGCUGGGGAGCUUCUCAAGGCCGAGAUCACCGCAGAGGGCUGAAUGGUGGAAUAACACCCCUGAACUCCAUCUCACCUUUAAAGAAAAAUUUUGCAAGCAAUCAUAUUCAGCUCCAGAAGUAUGCUCGCCCUAGCUCAGCCUUUGCUCCCAAAUCCUGGAUGGAGGAUAGCUUGAACAGGGCUGACAACAUUUUUCCUUUUCCGGAUCGCCCCAGGACAUUUGACAUGCACUCAUUGGAGAGCUCACUCAUUGACAUAAUGAGAGCUGAAAAUGAUUCCAUUAAAGGUCGUCUAAACUAUUCAUAUCCAGGAUCCGAUAGUUCUCUGCUUAUUAAUGCAAGGACUUAUGGGCGAAGGAGAGGUCAGUCUUCACUUUUUCCGAUGGAAGAUGGAUUCCUGGAUGACGGCCGUGGGGAUCAACCUCUUCAUAGUGGCCUGGGUUCACCUCACUGCUUUACUCACCAGAAUGGGGAGAGAGUGGAACGAUAUUCCCGCAAGGUGUUCGUGGGUGGAUUGCCUCCUGACAUUGAUGAAGAGGAGAUCACAGCUAGCUUCCGUCGCUUUGGCCCUUUGAUCGUGGAUUGGCCCCAUAAAGCAGAGAGCAAAUCUUAUUUUCCACCCAAAGGCUAUGCAUUUCUGCUGUUUCAAGAUGAAAGUUCUGUCCAGGCUCUCAUUGAUGCGUGCAUUGAAGAAGAUGGAAAACUCUACCUGUGUGUAUCAAGUCCAACCAUCAAGGAUAAACCAGUGCAGAUUCGACCCUGGAAUCUCAGUGACAGUGACUUUGUGAUGGAUGGUUCACAGCCACUUGACCCACGAAAAACAAUAUUUGUUGGUGGUGUUCCUCGACCAUUACGAGCUGUGGAGCUUGCAAUGAUAAUGGAUCGGCUGUAUGGAGGUGUCUGCUACGCUGGGAUUGAUACUGACCCUGAGCUCAAAUACCCAAAAGGAGCUGGACGAGUCGCAUUUUCUAAUCAACAGAGUUACAUAGCUGCUAUCAGUGCCCGCUUUGUUCAGCUACAGCAUGGAGAGAUAGAUAAACGGGUGGAGGUUAAGCCAUAUGUCUUGGAUGACCAGCUGUGUGAUGAAUGUCAGGGGGCUCGUUGCGGGGGGAAAUUUGCUCCAUUUUUCUGUGCUAACGUUACCUGUCUGCAGUAUUACUGUGAAUAUUGCUGGGCUGCUAUUCACUCUCGUGCUGGCAGGGAAUUCCACAAGCCCCUGGUGAAGGAAGGUGGUGACCGCCCUCGGCAUAUUUCAUUCCGCUGGAACUGAAGAAUGAAUGGCUGCAGAGCUCGUUUGCAGACGAAGUGCCCUCUUCUGUUAAUUCCGACCCUUCCUCAGCCUCUUCACGCUGGCAUGUCCUGUGUAGCAGUGUGUAACUAACAGUAGUAGAAUGAAAAGAACAACCUACAACAUAGGUAUUUUGUAGACUCUCGUGUCACUACAAACAGUGUGUUUAAACUCUUUCCACAUUGCCAUCAUGCUGCAUGCAAGGUUUCAUUCUCUUAUUUUGCUGGAGGCCAAGAGGAUCCAAACUUGCUGCAGCAUUCUCUUAGAGGAGAGAAAUAUUAACAGAGAAAUGAGACAAUAUUUUGAGUUUUUAAUUGCUGGUAAUGAUAUAACAUAUAAGAAUACUUUAUUGAGAUAACCACCAACAGUAACACUAUUGUCUAUUCUGACAGUCUCCCCCAGGGAAGUGCUCUUGCCGUUUCCUUUCCUUUCUUUUCUUCCUUAUCUCUUCUAUCCUUGUUCCUUCUUAACAGCAACGGAGGAAGUUAGCAGUUACUAACAGGAAAGAGUAUGUCAGAACAAGCAAAUGAUGAGCAAGAUUGAGCAGUGUAACUGGAAGGGCUUUGAGGCGGAGUAUGGUAUGAUCAUGCCUCAAAUGCAUCAUACAUCAGAAAAAAAAUAAAGCAGGCAGAGCUGAGUUUGUUUUCUUUGAAGUAAUUCUUAAAAUUCUGAAUGUAAGAAUUGGGUGACUUUACUACUGAGGGGAGUGCAUUUAUUUACUUAUCUGACUUCCUAGUCACAGCCCCAGGAAACCUACCAAAGCUAGAAUUAAUGAUAGCUGGUAGGGAAAGAAGAACAAAUGCAUACAUUUGGUUUUUGGU